GAGUCUGAUGUUCCCUCAUCGCUGGCCGAGGACGCCUCAACGACCGCUGCCUCCCCAACCACAGCUCCCGCUUCAACGACAAAUUUUCGAAAUGUCUCGGCCUGUAAUCGUUGUCGAACCAGAAAGAACCGCUGCGACCAAAAACUGCCCAAAUGCACGAAUUGCGAAAAAGCGAAUGUUCGAUGCGUUGGCUUCGACCCCGUCAGCAAACGAGAGAUUCCAAGGAGUUAUGUAUAUUAUCUGGAGACCCGAGUCAACAAUCUGGAAGCUAUCCUAAAUUCUCACAAUAUUGCAUUCCCGCCUCCGAGCCAGGAUUUUGCUAUUAGCGAGUCUAUCAAACCUGGUAUCAAUGUGCCUUUCCCGAUUCAGGAUGAGGCGAGCACGCCGCCGCAGCAGGUUGUUGGGUCGGCGCCGUCACAGGAGAAUCAGUUGGCUCUGGAUCCGGCUUUGAAGGAACAUGAUGAAGGAGAGAAGCUUAAUAGGUUGGUUAAUGAUGUGGGUAUGGUUUCUGUGCAAGGCAGCUCGGACUCUCGCCUUCUGGGCGCUGCGUCAGGGAUCUCUUUUGCGAGGGUUGUCUUUGCUGCUGUCAAGAAAUCCACAAAUCAGGCAUCGACUCCAUCGGAUAAGGGUGGCUCGAGACCGUCAAAAGGUCUGGCGAGCGAAGCUGCUAGUGGCGCAACGUCGAUGAGAGAUUCUUUCUUUGGACUUCACACCAAACCAACCAUCAAGCCAGCUCCCUUCCCAGAAAAGGAGCUUGGUGCUAGACUGGUAGAUUUAUACUUUGAGCACGCCAAUCCACAGAUCCCAACGCUGCAUCGCGGAGAAUUCAUGUCCCUAUUCGAAAGAGUCUAUGCGACGGAUGCAAAGAAGCGGACGCCGAGAGAGCUUUACAUGUUGAAUGUUGUCUUCGCCAUUGGAUCCGGAAUUAUUGUUGAUUCAUCAAGUAUUGAGCAGAGCGUAGCAGCCACCGAAGGUACAGGAUCUGGCCAGCCGAAUAAGAAGAGACAGAAAUUCUCAAAUUAUCAACAUCAGCCCGAGCAAUAUCACUCUUCGGCAAUCAUUCAUCUUGAGAGCUUUCUGGGCUCAUCACCGGCUGCGGAAGGAGUCGGAGGCGGGCUAGAGGAAUUGCAGGCAGUGCUACUGCUUGCCGGGUUGGCCUUACUGCGACCAGUCGCUCCCGGUCUGUGGUAUAUCAUCGGCGUGGCAGUACGCCUAAGCAUCGAUCUUGGUCUCCACUUCGAGGACAUUGACCACGACCUGGAUGCAAGAGCCACUCAUCCAGAUGUCGACAUGUCAAAUCAGAGCCUGGGUCGGAAGCAGUGGACUCGAGAUCUGCGCAGGAGAUUAUGGUGGUGCGUAUUCAACCUGGAUCGUCUUGUGUCUUCAUGUGUCGGAAGACCGGUCGCCAUCAAUGAAGCUGUCGUGACGACUGAGUUUCCAAGUCUUUUAGACGACAAGUACAUCACGCCCGCUGGAUUCCUCAAGCCCCCCAACUCUGUUGAGCGACCUAGUUACAAGCUCGUGACAAGGCAGUAUAUCCGUCUAAGACUUUUGCAGUCCGAAAUCCUCCAAGUCUUGCAACAUCGUCAAGCAGAAUCUGCUCGUAGAAUGGGAGCAAACAGCAACAACGAGUUCAUUCCGACCGGCCUCGAAUCGCCCUUCAUGAGGCCAUUCCGCUCCUUUCGGGAGUGGCGUGUCAAUAUCGAUCGCAGGCUGCUGGAGUGGAAAGAGAGCAGUCCGAAUCAAUGGGACACCGGGGUGGGUUUCAAUCCUCUGUUCCUCGAGCUCAACUAUUGGCAAGCAGUGAUCAUGCUGUAUCGCCAGUCCUUAUCGGUCCCGGAGCAGCUUGCUAGUGAGCUCGGUCCAGCCACUGGAGAUGAUGUUCAGAGUCCCGGGAAUGUCAACUUCGAACAUGAAGAAGACAAGCAGAUGGUCUUCAUCAAAGUAGCCGAGGCGGGCCAAAUGGUGCUGCGUAUUUACCGACAGCUUCAUAGGCUGAAGCUUGUCAAUUAUACAUUCCUGGCCACUCACCAUCUUUUCAUGAGCGGCAUAUCGUUCUUAUACGCCAUAUGGCACUCGACUCUGGUUAGGUCGCAGAUGACCAUCGACGACGUCGACUUUACCGUACUAGCCGCAACAUCUGUUCUCAGCGACCUGGUACCCAUGUGCCCUCCUGCAGAGUCGUGUCGGGAUGCCUUUGUCCGCAUGAGCAAGGCCACCAUAUCCAUGGUCGUGACCACUACCGGUUUCGGCAAUCAGAGCACUCUCGGCACACAACCCUUGAACAAACCAGAAGGCUGCUCCUUCGGCAGUCGGAACAAUGCUACGCAGAACAUGAUGAUGAAACACGAAUCCACCACACCACGCCCAAGUCGAAGACAGCUCCCCAAAUUCGACAUGAACCUCAGCGACUUAUUCACGGAAGAAGAAAUCGCGAGCCGCCCGCUCAAUCAGCAACCCAAGCUGCAGGGAUUCGCACGUCAACCUCCUCCUCCCAUA